AUGAAUAAAUAAUUCAUCAUAUUUGCAUUGUUGCUAGCUUUAGCAACAAGUCAAACUUUUAGUAUAACACCAUGCACAUGUGCAUAAUUGUUAUCAGAGGGAGAUUGUUUAAAAAAUACUUCACUUGGGUGCUCAUGGGACAGUACAAAGAAAGUUUGUGCUGUUUCUACAACCCCAGUCACUCCAAUAGUGACCUAUGCUGCAUAUUGUGAUACCUUUGCUGAAGCAGAUUGUCCAAAAGCCAAACCAUGUACAGAUUGCGGUAAUUAUGCUGCAUGUGCAUGGGUUGAUAAAAAAUGCACAUUCUUUACAGGAUGUACAGCUUUUGCUAAAACACUUGAUUCUGAUUGUUAAGCAAUUAGUAAUAGAUGUAUUACAGAUGGAACUCAUUGUGUUGAAAUUGAUGCUUGUAGCACAUACAAGAAACAACUUCCUUGUGUCAAAAAUGCUGCAGGAAGCUUAUGUUAUUGGGAUACAACAAAUAAUACUUGUGUAGAUGCUAAUACUUGUGAUAAAUUACCAACAACAUUUGCUACUGAUAAAGAAUGCAGAGAUGUGAUAUCAACAUGUACAACAAAAACUGGAGGUGGAUGUGUUGAUAGUGGAAAUAAUUGCAGUGAUUAAACAUUAGAAAUUCAAUGUGUUUGGAAUAAAUUAAGAUCAACAGCAUGUUACUGGGAUGGAGCAGCAUGUAAAGACAGAAUUUGUGAUAAUGCACCAGCAACAUUAACUACUGAUGAAACUUGCAAAACCUUUAGAACUGAUGGAACAUGCACAACUAAAGCUAAUGGAGGAUGUGUUACCAGAACUACUUGUGCAGCUGCAACUAUCUAAGCUGCUUGUAUUAAGAAUAGUUCAGGAGGUGAUUGCUAUUGGACUGGAACUGCAUGUGUAGACAAGACAUGUACAAAUGCACCAACUACUAUGACAACCAAUUCAGCUUGUGCUGGAUUUGUGACUGGAUGUAUCACUAAAUCAGGUGGAGGAUGUGUUGCUAAUGGAGCAUGCUCAGCUGCAAAUGUCUAAGCAGCUUGUGUGAAAAAUACUUCUGGAACUGAUUGCAUUUGGGAUACAACAUGCAAAGAAAAGACAUGUGCAAAUGCACCAACUACUAAUAAUACUCAUGAUUUGUGUACAUCAUACUUAUCAACUUGUACAGUAAAAACAGGAGGUGGAUGCUAAAAUAGAACUUGUGCAAAUGCUCCUACAACAUUGACAACUAAUGAUGCAUGUGAAGCAUAUUUACCAGGAAAUAACUGUAUAACUAAAACUGGAGGUGGAUGUGUAACAAAUACUACUUGUUCAAAUAUUACCUUAGAAGCUGCUUGUGUUAAAAAUUCAUCUGGAGCCACUUGUUUCUAUGAUACUGCAAGUUCAAGUUGCAAAGAUAAAAUUUGUUCAAAUGCCCCAUCAACUAAUAAUACUCAUGAUUUAUGCGUUGCCUUUUUAUCAACUUGUACAGUAAAUUCAACCAAUGCAGGUUGUGUUGAUAAAACAUGCGAAAACUCAUUAGCCUAAGCUAUUUGCGAUAAAGAUUACAAUAAUAAAGCCUGUAUUUGGAAAGGAAAAUGCUAUAAAAGAGAAUGUGUACUAGCUUCAUCAACCACAUCAACUCAUGCAGAUUGCUAAACAUAUGAUUCAAGUUGUACUUUGAGUAAUACUGGUUCUGGAUGUGUUCCACUUCCCCUUAGAUGUGAAGCAAUUACAAUAGAAUCUGCUUGUAAUAUUAGAUUAUAAGUUACAAAUGGAGUAAAAUCAUACCCAACUUGUGGUUGGAAUGGUUCAUAAUGUAUAGAUAAGGCUUGUUCCACUGCUCCAAGAACAACAUCAACAACAAGUGAUUGCAAUAGUUACAAAUCAGGUUGUGUUGCUAAUAAUCCAGUCAAUGGAUCUAUAUCAGGUUGCUAAGACUUACCAACAACUUGUGCAGCUAGAAAAUCAAUUGAAAAUUGUGAAAUCUCAAGAGUAGGAUUACCAACAUGCUUGUGGAAUACUGCUACAUCUGCUUGUGUUGAAAAAUCUUGUUCCACUGCUAGUAUUACAACAACCACAGGAUUCUUGGUAUCCUUUACUUCUUCAAAUUGUUCUGGAUAUUUGAAUACUUGUAUUGCCAAUAACACAGCAGAUGGAUGCAUUCCAAAACCAUCAAGUUGUUCUUCUUUGACAUCUACAAAUUGUUUAACUGGGUCAAAAGUAAAUGGAGAUUGUUAUUGGAAUGGAUCUAGUUGUGUUGAUAGAACAUGUACAAACAUUUCAUUAACUACUCACUCUGGUUGUUAAGGAGUAUUGAAUACAUGUACAGUAAAUAAUGCAAAAACAACUUGUUAAGCUUUAGCAGCAGCUUGUACUUCCUAUGGAUCAGCUGAAAAUUGUAAAAUAACAUCUAAUUCAAAAAAUUGUAUAUGGACUGGGUCUGCUUGUAGAAAUGCAACUUGUUUAGAUGCAUCAGAUAGUAAUUUAUAUGAUUCAGAUACAGAGUGUUUAAAUUAUCCAACACCUAGUGAAACUUGCACAGUUGUUUACAAAACUGGAGGAUUAGGAUGUGUGGCAAGAUCAGCUAAUUGCAGUGAUUAUGUGACAUCAGCUUAAUGUUAUAGAACUUUAACAGCCAAUUCAGACGACUGUACUUGGAAAUCCACUUAUAAUAAAUGCUUUUCUAAUACAUCUCUCUAAGGUGCAUGCUCAACCUUUUAAGGAACUUAAGCUUAAUGUUAAUAAAUUAAAGUAGGUUGUACUAAUACUGUAAGUGCUACUGAAACAGAUACCUGCACAUUUUCUUGUACUGUUAUAACUGGAUUAACAAGUGCAACUCACUCAACAUGUUAAGGAUAUAAUACUACUUGUACUGUUAAUGUUGCUGGAACAGCAUGCAUUACAUUAUAAGCAGCUUGCAGUGGUUACACAGUAACAGGUGACUGUGUUAGAAAAACUGAUGGUUCUAGAUGCUUUUGGGAUUCUGCAGCUGCAGGAGGUAGCGGUGCUUGCGUAGAUUUUGCCGCAGCCAAUUGUGCUUCUGUUACAAGUUUAACAAGUGCAACUCAUUCAACAUGCUAAGCAUAUCACACUUCUUGCACAGUUAAUGCUGGUGGAACAGCAUGUUUAGAGUAAUAAGCAGCUUGCAGUAGUUACACAGCAACAGGCAACUGUGUUAGAAAAACUGAUGGUUCCAGAUGCUUUUGGGAUUCUGCUGCUGCAGGAGGUAGCGGUGCUUGUGUAGAUUUUGCUGCAGCUAAUUGUGCUUCUAUUACAGGAUUAACAGGUGCAACUCAUUCAACAUGUUAAGCAUAUCACACUUCUUGCACAGUUAAUGUUGCUGGAACAGAAUGUUAAGAGUAAUAAGCUGCAUGCAGUAGUUAUACAGCCACCACUGAUUGUGCUUUACGAACCGAUGGUUUGAAAUGUUUUUGGGAUGGUACUGCUAGUGGUGGUAGUGGUGCUUGCGUAGAUAUUACUUCCUCUAAUUGUGCUACUGUAACAGGAUUAACAAGUGCAACUCAUUCAACAUGUUAAGCAUAUCAUACUUCUUGUACGGUUAAUGUUGCUGGAACAGCAUGCCUCUAAUAAUAAGCAACUUGCAGUAGUUAUACAACUGCCCCUACUUGUGCUUAACGAACUGAUGGUUUGAAAUGUUUUUGGGAUGCUACUGCUAGUGGUGGUACCGGUGGUUGUGUAGAUAUUACUUCAGCUAAUUGUGCUACUGUCACAGGAUUAACAGGUGCAACACAUUCAACAUGUUAAGCUUAUAAUUCAGUUUGCCUCUCUAAUAUAGCUGGAACUGCAUGCUUAGCAUUUAGUACAUGCGAAGCAAUUACUGGAUCAAAUCUUACUUGGACCAUUUGUUAAGGUUAUAGUAAUACAUGUAGUGUAAGGAGAGAUGGAAACGGUUGUGUAACAAUACAAUCUUAAUGUUCAGGAUACACAACAAUGACCAGUUGUUAUAGAUCUACUGCAGGAUAUUGUACUGCAAAUAGUGGUGAUACUGCCUGUCAAUCUAUAUCAGCUUCAACUACUUGUGAAGCAAUAAAAUUAGGAGCAUCAUUUAGUUUUGAUGAUACAAAAUGCAAUACAUUUAAAACUGGUUGCAUAGCAUAAUCCACAACAGGAUGCUAAACCAAAACAUGUGCUAAUAAAACAACUCCAUUUGACCAUUCUGCUUGUAAUACUUGGUUGAGUACUUGUACUUCAAAUGCAGCUUCUUCACCUACAGCAUGUGUAACUUUGCCAGCCACAUGCGCUGGUUUGACUCAAGCAGCAUGCGUUUGGGCAGUUGAAGGUGAAUGUGUUGUUUAAGGAACAUCUUGUGUCAAAAAGACCUGUGAUACAGCUGCAGCAGAUACAAACUUUGACUCACAUGCUGAAUGUAUAGGAUAUUUAUCAACAUGCACUGUUGCAAGAGUAGGAGGCUGCUAAGCAAGAGCUGCUUGUUCCACAUAUAAAUCAAGUUAAUAAUGUAAAUUCAAUUCGAGCAAUUAGAAAUGCUUCUGGAAUUCAACUAAUAAGACAUGUGUUGAUUUAAAUUGCGGCAAUAUUGAAGCCACAACUUCAUAUGAUACUCAUGCUGAAUGUGUUGCAGUUGAUGCAACACUUCUUUGCACAGUUAGAGCUUCAAAUGGAGCUGCUGCUUCUGGUUGUAUGGCUAGAGGAGCAUGUAGUUCUUAUUAAAUUGAGGAUUAAUGCAGAACUAAUGCAAGCGGAGGUGUAUGCGUUUGGAAUACAAAUUUAGCCUAAGCAGUAUGUUAAGAUAAAUCAUGCACUACUGCCCCAACUGCAACAGCAACCCAUACUGAUUGUGAUGCCUAUUUUUCCACAGCUACAAUAAAAUGCACAGUUGUUGCCACACCAGAUGCAAAUGGUGGUGCACCAGUUUUAGGAGGUUGCCAAUAAACAGCAGCAUGUUCAACUUAUAUACAUUAAGAAUAAUGCAGAUUCAAUGCUUCUGGAGAUGCUUGUGGAUGGAAUGGUACUUAAUGUGCAGAUAAGUCAUGCGCUACUGCACCUGCAACUGCUGAUUAUGAUGAUAACGAUAAAUGCAGAGCUUAUUUCAAUAAUAAAUGUACAGUUGCAAGCUCAGGAUAAGGUUGUGUUGAUAUACCAGAUACAUGCGAAACUAUGACAGAAAAACAAUGUGUUAGUGAUAAGAACGGUAAAUCAUGUUAUUGGAAUGGAACAGCCUGUAUUACAAGAACUUGUGAAAAUGCACCAGAAGCAACAGCAACUGCUGAUGAAUGUAAUACAUAUUUGGCUGGAUGUACUUUAGAUUCAGUAAAAUGUAAGACAAAGGUUUGUGAAGAUUUUGCUUUUGCCACAGAUGCUCUAUGCAAAUAAGCAUUAAGUACAUGUACUACAAAUGGAACAAAUUGUGUAACAAGAGGAACUUGCUUCCAAGCUUAGAACUAGGCUGGUUGUGUUACUUCAUCAACAAAUCAACAAUGUGAAUGGAUGCCAGCUGUGGGUUCCAAUCAAGCAUAUUGUACAAUAAAGACAUGUAAUACAGCACCUGUUACAUUAACUUCUGAAGCAGCCUGUGCUGGUUAUUUCACAAAUUGCACAACAAAGAAUGGUGGUGGAUGUGUUACUAAGUCAACUUGUGCAGCUGUUACUGUUGAUGCUGCUUGUACAACUGCUCUUAAUGGUACAAUCUGCGCUUGGGAUAGUGCAUUAAAUAAAUGCAGAGAUAAAGAUUGUCAAGAUUUCAGUGGAACUACUCAUGCUGCAUGCUAAGCUUAAAGAGCUGGAUGUACUGCUGGAGCUAAUGGAAAAUGUGCUAGAGUUUAAAAUUGUGAAUAAACUACAAUUAGAAGUGCUUGCAUUGAAGGAACAAAUGGACCAUGUUUGUGGAUUAAUGAUUAUGUUAACACUGAUGGAUCUAAAGGAGCUUGCUUUAGAUAUACUUCAUGUAAGAGUUUGUCUUGGAAUUCUGAUGCUUCAUGCAAAUGGAUAAGUAACUAAUGCACAACUAAUGGAUCUAAUUGUGUUGGAAUAACUUUAUGCUCUGAAACUAACACAGAUGGUGGAUGUGUAACAGGAUAUGAUGGAGCUUGUAUUUAAUCAGUCCCAGCUUUGAAUUCUGCAGAUCCAAAAGUUUGUAAACCAUAUACAUCUUGUGCUGAUGCUUUCUAUACAACUCAUUCUGAUUGUCAAAUUGCUAGUAGUAAAUGUACAACAAAUGGAACAACUGGUUGCAUUGCAUUAGGUGCUUGUUCAUCUUACACUUCAUAAGCAGGAUGUUAUUUCAACGAUAAGGGAGUUGUUUUAACAUCUGGAGCUAUUACUUCAACCGGUAUUUGUACUUGGGAUACAACAGCAAAUAGUUGCAGAGAUUAAUCAUGUGCUGAUUUGACAGGAACAACUCAUGCAACAUGUUCUUCAUAAUUAUCAACAUGUACAUCAGAUGGUACAACUUGUUUACUCAAAGGAGCAUGCUCAUCAUACACUACUUAAACUGCCUGCACAACAGCAGUUGGAUCUGAUGGAGCUUGUUAUUGGGAACUUGCAUCUGCUACAAACAAUAACACUGCUAAAUGUAGAUUACUUACAUGUGCUGAUAUUCAAAAUGGUACAGCAACCAAUGUUUGCUCAGUAGCCUUGUCUUCUUGUGUUUCAAAUGGAACUGCUUGCAUAACAAAAGCUAACUGCUCAACCUAUACAACUAAGACAGCAUGUAACUCAGGUGGAUUGGAUGGAAUUUGUGUAUUCACUUAAUCAACUGCUACAGGAGCUGCUGCUGGUACUGGAACUUGCGCAUUAAUGACAGCUUGUACCACUGCUAAUAAUGAUUAAGUUGCUUGUUAAGCUGCUAGGGAUAGAUGUUCAUGGACACCAGCAUCAGGAACUGGAGCAACUGCAGUUGCUAGUAAAUGUGCCACUCACACUUGUGCUACAAACUAAGCCACAAAUGGAGCUUGCACAAGAUUUUUGAAUUGGGAUAAAAAGACAUAACAAGUUUGUACUCUUGUCAGUGGAGCUUGCACAGCAGCAGACCCUUCAACUUUAUCAUCAAAUGAUUGCUUCUUGGUUUCAGGAUAUACAUAUACUUGGAAUGCAUCAACAAGCAAAUGCGGAGUUUGCACUGCACCUGUUGUUUAACCAAAUAAUACAGAUAACAAUACAAAUAACACAAAUAAUUAAACAACAACUGACUCAGGAUAUAUUCUUGGAUUAUCUACAAUUAUUUUUGGAUACCUCAUGUUCUGA